GAUAGUGACUCGGGCAUCGAACUUCAUCGCUUUGAGCAUAACGAUUUGGUGAAUUCUAUCGCGCUUUCACCCAAACACAAUGUACUAGCCUGCGUGGGCCAGCCAGGUGUUGCACAACUAUGGGACACAGAGUCCCACGAACCAUUGCUCCGCCAGCCAUUCGUUGACCGCCGAACUCUUCGUUGUAUAUCAUUCUCUCGAGAUGGGAGAUACCUAGCAAAUAGUGGACUUGGCAGAAAACUCACCUUGUGGAUGGUAAAAGAUAUAGUUCCUGAGCUUGCAUCACCAAUACCAUCUUGCCUUGACGUCGAUGCUAUUGCAAAUCCUCAGUCAGGAGGUCAUGGGUUCACCGACGGGGAGCGAGAUGAUCUACACGGCGACUUCUCUCGGACUUACCAUCCCUAUCAUCCUCUGGCAUCAUCUGCAGGUCCCUCUCGUCGUUCCCGGAAUCACAACCUAUCCUCCACUUGGCGCUUCUGGAAUAUCACCAUCCCUUCCCGACGCCACUCGCCGGAAAAUGAGUCUACCCCGCUGCAACAACGCCCCAAGCAUAGUCUCUUCGCGGGGCACACUGACCCGCAGCCCGUAACGAUCUCAGCCGGAAGAAAACAGAAUAGCAUCCACGUAGCGCGUCCCCCUGUGAAGACUAACGCUCAGACUGGUCAGUCAUCCUCAAUGACAGCCCGGCCUGCAGUGCCGCCAGUUUCGAUACCACAGCCUCAGAGCCAGGUACAGACGACAACACAACAACCUGCUCCAGAAGAAGACUAUGGAUUUUGGGGCAAUUUUUGCCUCGCACUUGGGUGCAUCCGCCGCACCCGUCGCGCUGUCUCCACUGCUCAGUCUGCUGCCUCGUGACCAUGGGUGUUUCGACGUUUUCUAUAUAUCAUUUUGUACCGCAUCAUUUCUGGUUGCGUGUUUUAUUGAUCUAAUUGCUUGUCAGGGUCUAAUAUUAUUCUGUUUCUACAUGCAUCAAUUUUCCUGCUGUGUCUUGCAUGCUUGUCUGGCUGACGUUCUAUUACAAACAACAUCAAGUGGAUUGUAUGCGUUCUACAUUCCGAGGUACCUGACAGGGCGCUUGUCAUUUCACUGUUCGUAUUAUUGACAUAUUCGUCUAACCUAAAAUCCACAAAAUGCGCAGAAUGAGAGGGAAUUGCCUUCAGCUCCAGAUAUCGAUCAUCAUUAAUCAAAUA